CCUAAUGACUCAAUUCAUACACUGCAUUGACAUAAUUUGACCUCAUACAACAACUAUAUCUCCCACAAAAAAAGUGAAAAAAAUCAAUCUUUCAUUUCUUAUAUGAUGAACAUUUCUUAUCUUGAAUAAUUGUUUUUUGUAUUUAAUAUAUAGUUCUUUUGUAUAUUAUCUUCCUUGGGGGCAGCCUUGGGGGUUGGUUCUUCCGAGGCAGCUUGUUAGUCGGAAAUUCCCCUUAAAAAAUGCAGGUGUAUCGAUGUUUUCUCAGUUUGUUGCUGAUCUCUGCUGUUCUGUUUUCUUCCUCUUGUGCACUCUCUGAUCAUGAAGCAUCAUUGCUUGCACGACGACAACUCUCAACACUUCCUGAGAAUGGUAAUUUACCUGAUAACUAUGAACUCGAGGUGAAUGUAGAAUAUACAUUUCCUAAUUCUAGGCUUAGACGUGCUUAUAUUGCGUUGAAGUCAUGGAAAGAAGCUAUAUAUUCUGACCCUUCUGAAUUCACUAGCAAUUGGAAAGGUCCAGAUGUUUGUAACUAUAAAGGCGUGUUCUGUUCGCCUGCUUUAGAUGAUCCUAAUGUCACUGUUGUUGCUGGGAUUGAUAUGAAUCAUGCAGAUAUAGCAGGUUAUUUUCCUGUAGAAUUAGGAUUAUUGACAGAUGUAGCUUUGUUUCAUCUAAAUUCCAAUAGAUUUUGUGGAAUUGUUCCUGAGAGUUUUUCGAAGCUUACGUUGAUGCAUGAGUUUGAUGUUAGUAAUAAUCGUCUCGUUGGCCCUUUCCCUAAAGUUGUUCUGAACAUGUCUAGUCUUAAGUACUUGGACUUAAGGUUUAACAACUUUGAAGGAGAGUUGCCUCCACAGUUGUUUGAUAAAGAUCUUGAUGCUUUGUUCUUGAAUGAUAAUCGAUUCGUGUCUACUAUUCCUGAGACUCUUGGUAACUCUUCUGCUUCUGUCAUUGUGUUUGCUAAUAACAAGUUUCAUGGUUGUAUUCCCAGUAGCAUUGGGAAGAUGUCGAAUUUGGAUGAGAUUGUGUUUAUGAACAAUGAUAUCGGUGGAUGUUUGCCCGUUGAAGUCGGGUUGUUGAAGAAUGUAACAGUGUUUAAUGUUGCUGGGAAUUUGCUUUCUGGGAUUUUGCCAAAGACACUUGAUGGUCUUUCACAUGUUGAGGAAUUGGAUAUUUCACAUAAUACUUUAACAGGGUUUGUUCCGGAGAAUCUAUGUUCAUCGUUGAGUUUGAAGAAGUUUGUGUUUUCGUUUAAUUACUUUAAUGGAGAGGCUAAAGGUUGUGUAGCGCGUUCAAGGAAAGAUAUGAGUUUAGAUGAUACGAAUAAUUGUUUGCCUGGUAGAGCGAAACAAAAGUCUCAAAAAGAAUGUCAAGUUAUUGUGAAUAAGCGUGUUGAUUGUAGUAAGGCUAAAUGUGGAGGACCUUCAAGUAAGAAAAAUGAAGUGCCACCGAAACCAGCACCAACACCAGUACCAAAACCUCGACUUAACCCUAAGUCACCACCCACCCUGAAGAAGGCUUCUCCUCCACCUACACAAGCCGUUUCAUCGCCCCCUCUAGUACAUUCCCCACCACCACCCGUUCACUCCCCUCCACCACCUUUAGUACAUUCUCCACCACCACGUGUCCUUUCUCCUCCUGUUUCCUCUCCACCACCUCUCGUCCACUCUCCACCACCACCACCACCUCCGGUCCAAUCCCCACCGCCACCUCAAAUACAUGCUCCACCACCACCCGUCCACUCCCCUCCACCACCUCCGGUCCACUCCCCACCGCCACCUCCGGUCCACUCCCCACCACCACCUCAAGUACAUUCUCCACCACCACCCGUCCACUCCCCUCCACCACCUCCGAUCCACUCCCCACCGCCACCUCAAGUACAUUCUCCACCACCACCCGUCCACUCCCCUCCACCACCUCCGGUCCAUUCCCCACCGCCACCUCCAGUACAUUCUCCACCACCACCCGUCCACUCCCCUCCACCACCUCCGGUCCAUUCCCCACCGCCACCUCAAGUACAUUCUCCACCACCACCUGUUCACUCUCCUCCACCACCCGUCCACUCCCCACCACCACCUAUAGUACAUUCUCCACCACCACCUAUCCACUCUCCUCCACCUCCGGUCCACUCACCACCACCACCAGUACAUUCUCCACCACCACCCGUCCACUCCCCUCCACCACCUCCGGUCCAUUCCCCACCGCCACCUCAAGUACAUUCUCCACCACCACCUGUUCACUCUCCUCCACCACCCGUCCACUCCCCACCACCACCUAUAGUACAUUCUCCACCACCACCUAUCCACUCUCCUCCACCUCCGGUCCACUCACCACCACCACCUUUCAAACAUGUUGUCCUUCCACCAAAUAUCGGUUCAAUUUACGCAUCGCCACCGCCACCAAUCUUCCAAGGAUAUUAAUUAAGCAAUGAAUGAAGCACGUGAAAUAUUUAGUACAUGUAGAAUUACAUCAUCAUAUCUCUUUCAUAAGAUUAUUAUCUAAUAUAUGGUGAUGUUUUUCUUUCUUUGAACUUAUACAAUAUAAUCUUGGAAAAGAAUUUGUAUAUGAAAUUGUUGUAGGAGUACGUUUUUUUAAUUUUAACUUUGUCUAAUUAA